GUCCCGUGCUUCCGCAGAUAAUUUAGUAGCCUGGUGACAAGACGGUCGCAAGUUUUCCAACAGGUCUUACAUCCUGACUGAAGAAGAGGAGAACAUCACCAUGGCAGAUUCUGACGUAGACAUCACUACCCCGGAGCCCAUGGUGGAAGAAGGCCUCCUCGGCACCCUUGACAUCCUCUUGGUCACCCUCAUCUCCGGUGUGCUUAUCUAUUGGGUCAUGUUCCGAAAGAAGAAGGAGGAGGAGAUUCCAGAAUUCAAGAAGCUGACCACACCAGCACCUGCUGCACGAGAAACCAGUUUCAUUGAAAAGAUGAAGAAAACUGGCAGAAAUAUAGUGGUGUUCUACGGCUCUCAAACAGGCACAGCCGAGGAGUUUUCUAACCGGCUAGCCAAAGAUGCUCAGCGCUAUGGGAUGAAGGGGAUGGCUGCAGACCCAGAAGAAUAUGACAUGUCGGAGCUCUCCCGUCUUUCGGAAAUUGAAAAUUCCCUGGCUAUCUUCUGCAUGGCCACCUACGGUGAGGGAGACCCUACUGACAAUGCCCAGGAUUUCUAUGACUGGCUACAGGAGGGUGAUGCUGAUCUGGAAGGUGUCAAUUUCACAGUUUUUGCCUUGGGGAAUAAGACAUACGAGCACUACAAUGCCAUGGGGAAAUAUGUGGACAAGAGGCUGGAGGAGCUGGGUGCUAAGAGGAUCUUUGACUUGGGCAUGGGAGAUGAUGAUGGCAAUCUGGAAGAAGACUUUGUGUCCUGGAGGGAGCAGUUCUGGCCUGCAGUCUGUGAACACUUUGGAGUGGAAGCCACAGGGGAGGAAUCCAGCAUUCGUCAGUACGAGCUGGUCGUGCACACUGAUGUCAACAUGAACAAAGUGUACACCGGAGAGCUGGGUCGCCUUAAGAGCUUUGAGACCCAGAAAUCUCCUUUUGAUGCCAAAAACCCCUUCCUGGCACCGGUCACUGCCAACCACAAGCUAAACAAAGGAGGGAGUCGGCAUCUGAUGCACCUGGAGCUGGACAUCACCGGUUCUAAGAUCAGAUAUGAAUCUGGAGACCACGUUGCAGUUUAUCCCAUCAACGACGCAGCAAUAGUGAAUCAGAUUGGACAGAUCCUUGGUGUGGACCUUGACACUGUGAUCUCUCUCAACAACCUUGAUGAGGAGUCCAAUAAAAAGCAUCCAUUCCCAUGCCCCACCUCUUACCGCACUGCCUUAACACACUACCUGGACAUCACCAACCCCCCUCGCACCAACGUGCUCUACGAGCUGGCACAGUACGCCUCUGACCCCAAGGAACAGGAAACCAUGCGCAAGAUGGCCUCCUCCUCACCGGAAGGCAAGGCUCUCUAUCAGAGCUGGGUGCUCGAUGCCCGCAGGAACAUCUUGGCUAUUCUGCAGGACACGCCAUCCCUGCGCCCGCCCAUUGACCACCUGUGUGAACUGAUGCCCCGCCUGCAGGCACGCUACUACUCCAUCGCCUCCUCCUCCAAGGUUCAUCCCAACAGUAUUCACAUCUGUGCUGUGGUGGUGGAGUACGAAACCAAGACCGGCCGAAUCAACAAAGGCGUGGCCACCAACUGGCUGAAAAACAAACUGGUGACUGACAACGGGCACAAGUCCACGGUCCCCAUGUACGUGAGGAAGUCCCAGUUCCGCCUGCCCUUCAAGGCCAGCAACCCCGUCAUCAUGAUCGGUCCUGGCACUGGCGUUGCCCCCUUCAUAGGCUUCAUCCAGGAGCGGGGCUGGCUUAAAGAACAAGGUCGGGAGGUGGGAGAGACUCUGUUAUACUAUGGCUGCCGACACAAGAAUGAGGACUUCCUGUACCAGGAAGAGCUGGAGCAGUUUCAGAAAGCAGGAGCGCUCACACAGCUACAUGUGGCCUUCUCCCGAGAUCAGGAGCACAAGGUGUAUGUGCAGCAUCUCCUGAAGAAGAACAAGGAGCAGUUAUGGAAGCUAAUAGACUCUGAGAGUGCGCACAUAUAUAUCUGUGGCGAUGCCCGCAACAUGGCCCGGGACGUGCAGAACGUGUUCUAUGAGAUUGUGGAGGAGCUUGGUGGCGUGACGCACACGCAAGCAGUGGACUACAUCAAGAAGCUGAUGACCAAGGGUCGAUACUCGCAAGAUGUCUGGAGCUAAAGAUCUCGAACUCAGCCUCUCUCACAAGCUGUCUAACACAUUAAGAAAAAAAAAAAAUCAUUGUCGUUUAUCACUGCUGGUGUGUUUAAGGUGGUAAACAUGCACGCAACAAUGCAAGACAAAACAAAAAAAAUUCCUAGAUCAAUGGCUAAGACGAUUUUUAAAAGUUUUGUUGUUAAACACAGCGGCCUUUUUAACCUGUUGAGAGUUGAUUAUGUACCUGUUGAGACUGAAGAUCUGAAGAUGCAUUGGCUAUCUAGGAUACUUAUGUUCCUCUCUUUGAAAAGACAAGUACAUGGAUAAACACAAAGCUGGAUUAGUUUUUCCUAGCAAAAUAAAAAAAUGCAACAGUUUUAUUUACUGUGGGCAACUCAUAGCUGAAUGCGUGUCAGGUUGGAGUGUAUAUCAGAUACAUAUUGGAGUGGGUGCGAUAGUAAACACUUUUGUGUGGUAAAUGUCAUCUGAAAAAUGUAGCAUACGCUCAUGAGAUUGGAUGUAACAAGGGAUCUUAAAGUCCGCCCUAAAAGUCAUUCAUAGGAGCCACAAAAAUAAUUUUAAUCCUGCGAAGAACAGUAUAUAUAGAGGAUACACAAGUUGUGACUUUUUAAAAAUCUUUAAUAAAACUGCCUUAUUUUAAUCGUAUGGAGACCUAUAAAACAUAGGUCUUCUGCCUUAUUUUAUGCACUAGAUGCACAAUGUAAAUACUGAAGUACUGUGCAAAAACAAGGACUUGGCAGAUGCUGUCAAUGUAGCGAAUCUGUCUGGGGCACGAUGUCCACGUUCGGAACGCUGGUGUGGUUUUGUCAGCAGUUUCCAACUGGCUGCUUAACCAGGUCCAUUUGUGGUUUGCCCUCAUGUUUUAAGAUUAGUCUGUGGCUCACAAAGAAGAUGCAUAUUUGCAGGUAAAAGAAAAUGUGUAAGGAAAGGAAAUGCUUAUUUGCAACCAUCCAGUUGGUUUGAAGGAUUAUUUUUCAAUUUGUCUAGAAGCAGUCUACAAAAUAUUUUGAAAUUGUUUUAUACAUUAAAAAUCAGGUUUGAAAGUUUUACACUUUCAAACGCUGAAAAACUCUAUUCAUGGAAUAUUAAAAUUGUAUAUUUUUUGGAAGGGUAUUUUAUGACCAGUAAAUAGCUGUUGAAUGGAAGCUGAUUGACAAUCUCCAGAGAAGAAAGACACAAAUGUACAAAGAAGUCAGCUCAUCAUUCACAGCAAUCUGACACAUGAAAGAGUGCUUGAUGGUGCAGGGCAUGACCGUGGCUUCACAGCAAGUGGAUGAACUGUGAUAAGAUUUGCUAUGUUUCGUGUGGAACAAUUAUUCUAUUUCUUGGUUCUUGUUAUGUAAAUUGAACACUAACAGCCAGCUGGCAGGAAAUGGCCAUUUUCCCACAAGGCAUUUUUUUCCAUGUAUGUAUUUGUUUGUUGUUAUUAAGAAAAGCCGUCCAACUUUUCAAAGUUUAACUAAUACAGUUAUGUUAAAAAGAAUGUGAUAAAAAAUAAGGCAAACCAAUUUGAGAAUCUUUGAAGCAUCGGCAUUAAAACAGAUAAAAAUCAUUUUUGUGCAAGCUGUACACUG